CAGUAGUACCGUUCGACGUACCUUUGUCACAUUUUUUCGGAACUCUAUAAUAGGCAUUAUAAAUUAAAACCAAAAUAUACCUAGUAAACAAAUGAGCAGCGUUGGCGAGGAUUGCAACGAGCUGAAGCAGCAGUACGAUGCCUGUUUCAACAGCUGGUUUUCUGAACGCUUCCUAAAAGGUCAAAUGGAUGACUCAGCGUGUGCUCCGAUUUUCCGGGUUUAUCAGGAAUGCGUCAAGCGCGCUAUUAAGGAGAAGAAGAUCGAUUUGCAAGAGAUAGAUCCGAUCUUCGAAACCGGGCUUGAGGAGAAUAAUGCGAAUAGAUCUGAUGCAAAACAGCAGCAGGCGGGCGAAAGCUGACCCCGUAAGCUGCUCCAUAUAGCCAUCCUAAUCCUCGCCAGCGUUAAUUGGUGGCUGCACGCGCUACAAAAUACUUGUAAAGAGAAACAUUUCGUAGUACUUUGACUGUUAAUAGUAUCAUCAUGAAACAUGGACAACUGAUUUCGUUAUAACCAGAGUGCCUUUAUUAAAAUAAAUUAGAUGUUCUUAAAGAA